GUUAAUGGAUGAACACACACACACACACACACACACAUCACACACAGAGCCUUGGGGGUGGGUUCUGCUCAGUCCAUACAGUGUUACUUAUAUGUACUUUUCAUAUCUUCAACUGUUAUGCAUUCUCCAAAUUAAAACAGAAACUUGGAUAAACUAACAAAGAUUUCAAUACUGUUCCGUGAAAUGGACCUCUGUUAGGGGUAGAUUACUAGCCCUCAUUACCUCUAUUUUCUAGUUGAGGGGAGGUUCUAGGAAUAAAAGCAAAGCUACCUUGGUUUAGAUGGAGGAGCCACCUUCCCCAAAUGUUCCUAAAUUAAGGUAACUGGCAAACCAAUGGAAGAGAGUAAAGAUGCUAAAGACAAAAGCAUGAGGACCUUCAGUUACUCAAACCAGAUAAAACUGGAUACAUCCUAAUAUGUGCAAUGAAUAUGGAAUAUUGGGGGACUUUUCAAAGAUGAAGGAUGAAAACUCAAUUUGAAAAAUUCAAUUUAAAUACUGUGGACUGGCCAGUGUUUUUUUCUCUUUCCCCUCAUUUUACUGUUCUUGGCUUCUAGAAAGAACUUUUGCAAGAUGAACACUUUCAACCUUCCUCUGCUCUUUAACAAGGAGAGCUCUUUUGCAAGCAUUUAACUUGCUACUACAUUCACACUUCCCAAGUCCUUGAUAGAAGUAAACCAACCACGAGUAACAAUUCUCUGAACUGAGCUGAAGGUGGCACGGUAGACUUGGAUUCUGGGGACAAGCUGCAGUGUGCAGACAUCUACAAACUGUGACAACUCUCUGGAAAAACUGAAUUCUGCCCACCAAGCUACAGGAGCUGUGCAAAUGAGAAUCAAAAACACCAACAGCCACCAAGACAGGCAGAGCCAAACUAAAUCCAUGAUCCUCACCGAUGCUGGGAAGGUCACUGAACCUAUUUCCCGGCACAGAAGGAAUCAUUCACAGCAUGUGUUGAAAGAUGUCAUCCCACCACUAGAACAUCCAAUGGUUGAAAAAGAAGGGUAUCUUCAAAAAGCCAAGAUUGCAGAUGGAGGAAAGAAACUAAGGAAAAACUGGUCUACUUCCUGGAUUGUUCUUUCUGAUAGAAAAAUUGAAUUUUACAAAGACUCCAAGCAGCAAGCUCUUCCUAACAUGAAAACCAGGCAGAGCACAGAAAGCAUAGAUUUGUGUGGUGCACAUAUAGAAUGGGCCAAAGAAAAAUCAAGCAGAAAGAGUGUCUUUCAGAUCACAACAGUAUCAGGAAAUGAGUUCCUUCUACAGUCAGAUAUUGACUUCCUCAUAUUGGAUUGGUUCCAAGCUAUCAAAAAUGCAAUUGACAGAUUGCCAAAGAAUCCAAGUUGCAGGUCCCUGGAGUUGCUCAAUUUGCAGAGAUCCUCAAGUUCUGAACUGCCGAGUCACUCCCACAUGGAUAGAAAAGAACAGAAACCAGAACACAGGAAGUCCUUCAUGUUCCGACUGCAUCACAGUGCUUCUGAUACAAGUGACAAGAACCGUGUGAAGAGUAGACUGAAGAAGUUCAUCUCCAGAAGACCUUCUCUGAAAACCUUGCAAGAAAAGGGAAUCAUUAAAGAUCAAAUUUUUGGCUCUCAUCUGCACGCAGUGUGUGAACGAGAACAUUCCACAGUUCCAUGGUUUGUAAAGCAAUGCAUUGAAGCUGUUGAAAAAAGAGGCCUAGACGUUGAUGGAAUUUAUCGAGUUAGUGGCAAUCUUGCAACAAUACAGAAGUUAAGAUUUAUAGUCAACCAAGAAGAGAAGCUGAAUUUGGAUGACAGCCAGUGGGAGGACAUCCACGUCGUCACCGGUGCACUGAAGAUGUUUUUCCGGGAGCUGUCUGAACCGCUCUUCCCUUACAGUUUCUUUGAGCGGUUUGUGGAGGCGAUCAAAAAACAAGACAGCAAUGCAAAAAUUGAAACUAUGAAGUCUCUGGUAAGAAGUCUCCCUCCACCAAAUCACGACACCAUGAAAAUUCUCUUCGGACAUCUAACCAAGAUAGUGGCCAAAGCAUCCCAGAAUCUCAUGUCUACACAAAGCUUGGGGAUUGUAUUUGGACCCACCCUUCUGCGGGCAGAAAAUGAGUCGGGGAAUGUAGCAGUACACAUGGUUUACCAAAACCAGGUAGCGGAGUUCAUGCUGACUGAAUAUGAUAAGAUCUUCAGCUCAGCGGAAGACUGACAGCAGAGACGAGCUACUGAGUAUGUUCACAUCUGUCUUGAUGCCUAAUAUUUUUACAUUUCUGUAAACAUAUUUCUGAAAUAUUUUUUCCUUCCAAGCGACAGAUGCUUCAUUUUGUGAAAACUUAGUGAUGAUUUUGUAUUUAAGUUCCAAACAUUUGAAUAAAAUAAAUGACAAUAUUUUCCUAUAUGUGUUCUACAUUAACCCCUUGGGUGUUGUGUUUUUUCCGCAUUCUAUAAAUACAUCAUAAGUGUCUCACAUUCUUAAAUAAUGUGUACAAGGUAGCAUGAAGACACAGCUCUUCUCCUGCUGCUGGCCAGGUACAUUCCAGUGAGUGUGCAGCAGUAUGAGUAUGUAGAGAACAUGUGGAUAAGGAUGAGUGAGUAUACACAAAUGUGCUAUCUCAAGAUCCAUAAACAGCAACUCCCCACGUGCCUAAGAAUCCACAGAGAGGACACAAGCAGGAAGAAGGCAUCUAUGCACUCAAUCUAAGUAGAGUUUUUUCACAUUUCAGAAGUACAAUCCAAUGAUCCCCAGUGACAGGUGAGCUUGGCAGAUACAGCACAUCGAGUGGCAACUUUUCUAAAGAACAAAGGAUAGUUGCCAGGAUUUGUUGUUAGACCAUUCUCUAUGUGUGAAUACUAUUUUGGUUCCACAAACAGAUGAUUCUAUAAAUUAAAUGGAUUACUCUUUAUUUAAUACAGGGAUUGCAUUUCUAUUCCAUUUUGAUUCUCCAUCAAACCCUGUAUCUUUCCUCUCCCCAAAAUGUAAUUUUUAUAGAAUUUUUAUUAUGUUUUGAAGGAUGUUUUAUUGAUGAGUUAUACUAACUCCAUCUAGAAAGUGCUAUUUUUAAAUGCUUGUAUCGGUAUGGCCUAAGGAUUUCUUGACUAGACUCAUAUUGUUUAAUCCAUUUGAUGGUUACUUUCAGUUGUGAUGAAUAAACAAAGGAAUGGCUGUCUAGAAUAUAUCAAAUAUUGCUGUAUUUUGAAAAGUAUGUACUAGCUGAACAAAACUCAUGCCAUUUUAUGGAAGAAUUCUGCUGUUAAAACAUAAAAUUAUGUUUGAGAGCUUUUUAAUAAACUCGUGUGGAAUGAAUAAAAGUAAUCUAGUAUGAUAAGUAAGUCUAGUUAUGAGUUUGUCCAUAAAAUUAAAAAAAAAAAAAAAGCAUGUAAGUAAUACGGUGUGGAGCACAGAUUCAGGAGGAGAUGCUCAGAACAGUGAUGAGCUCAUAGGCAUAGGCUGUAGCAUGGAUGGGACACUCAGAUAUGAAAAAGUCUACUUAAGAGAUAGCUAGAUGUUCGUCAAGUACCAGCAUCCACAGCAGUGCCUGAGGAUGCUCACCUGAGGAAAGACCAAUUAUGCUUGAACCUUUUGAAUGUAUUUAUCUUAGUAAAAGUACCUAUAUAUGAGCUCAUAGCCAAGAACUAUGAAGCAGCCAUAGUGAAUAGUUAAAUGUGAUUUCAUCAAGUGGGAUGUAUUCGCACACCACAAAGCCAAGGGAAGUCACAAGAAACAGAAUUCCAUGAUCUAAAGUUGUCAGUAAGAAUGAAGCCACAGAAUGGCUAAACUGAAGAGCUUCUUACACGUACAACUUGUGCCUUUCAAUAAAACACAGAGAAACAUGAA